AUGCAUCAGAUUUAUAGCUGCAGUGACGAAAAUAUAGAAGUUUUCACCACUGUGAUUCCUUCCAAGGUGUCCAGUCCAGCCAGAAGAAGAGUCAAAAGCUCUCAACACCUCUUGACCAAGAAUGUGGUGAUUGAGUCGGACCUGUACGCUUCCCGGCCCUUGGAGCUGCUGCCACACCGCAGUGACCACCGAGGCUGCGAGGGCCCCAGGUUCAGCCGACUCCAUAGCUCAUGGCAGCAGGGACCCCACCCUGCCAAGACUCCCGCCAGACUGGUGGGGCCUGCUGAGCCCAAAUCAUCAAAUCUGCGUGGGAGUCGAGCCUAUGGAAAGUCUUUGAUUCCUCCGGUGGCCCGGAUCUCAGUGAAGGCCCCCACCGCUGUCCUGGAGGCGGCCGCUCCCAGCAGCUCUGACAACAGAGCUGUUCUGACAAGAGGAUCCAGGCAUCUCAAGAAGAUGACUGAAGAGUACCCAACCCUUCCCCAGGGAGCAGAAGCCUCCCUACCACUGACAGGAAGUGUGUCCUGCGGCAUCCCCAGCAUCCUCCGAAAAAUGUGGAUGAGGCAUAAGAAGAAGGCUGAGUAUGUGGGAGCGACCAACAGCGCCUUUGAGGCCGACUAAAGGUGACCUUCCCAGGUGCCAAAGGUCGCUGCACAGAGGGAGAACGCUGGAUAAAAAUGAACACAUUGACCUCUGCAAGUACCUGGUACAAACACAUCAUAUCACCCUCCCUCACUACCCAAUCACCCAGCCUAGGAUGCACAAAAGGAACUUCCCUCAAAGGCAAAAGAAGGCCGUUACUUCUUAGAAUCGCUUAAGCCCCUGGUCUGACAGUGACUUUGGAAGAUCAUAAGUUUAUAUCCCCAUUUUUAAGCAAAACCACACCAACAUAAAAUUGUCCCAACCCAUUUUAAAGACCUCCAAGGAAGGAAGCAGGUCAUUCGACUGUCUUCCUUGUGAGUCAUUCUAAUACGUGUGAUUUCUGUGUAAAUGUAAGAGCUUGAUGUUUGAGGCACCUGUAAACACGAUGGUUCUCACUAUUCCUGGCAUCACAUUUAUUUCAUCUUGACGAGGUAGGCUUUUCAGUGACAGAGCACUAUAUAUUUACUUCGUAGGGCAAAUAUCCGAUCCAGAGUAUCAUCAACACGGGUUUUGAGGAUCAUUUGGCAUGAUUGCAUGAAUUCUCUAUUCUUUUAUGUGCAGCUUUUCUAUAGAAAAACAAUUAAAAAUCAAAUGUUGAGUUCUAAUGUUUCCUGAAAUGGCAUAGUCUAGUGGAAUUAAUAAUACCUUGCUUGGUAUAAUGGUUUCAACAGGUGAUUUAAACUGACCCUAUCAAUCAGAGUACCCUAAGACUAUUUAUUUUAACGUAUUUAAUUUAUAGCUGAUGUCCUCUAUUUGUAUGUGGCAGCUGGAGAUUUCUGUAGGAUGGAAGUAAUUUAUUUAUUUUUACUUUAAAUAUUUCAUGAUGAAGUGUUUACCUUGUACAGAACAUUUUUA